UGUCUGAUUGGAUACCGAUUUGACUUAUCGCGAGAGAGAAGAAACGUCAUUCGCAUGAGUGAAUUGAGAAGGUUCGAACUACUGGCGGAAACUAUUUAUGACCACAUCAACUGGUUCCCGUUAGAUAACAACAAUGACCAUAUAGGUGAUUGCUGUGAUUACCAGGUACGUCAGUACAACAAAGAAGGCAGACGAAAGGCGGGAAUAUCACCAUUGAGCUACUUCUGGAAAGUUACAGACUUCUUCUCAAACAGAAGACUCAACUGGAUCUAUGCGAAAUAUAUCCCAGCUCAAUGCACGAAUGUAAUCCUGCAAGUUGGUUUCGGCCCUGGAAGUCUCAUCAUACAGGGACACAUUGCAAUGUCCGCGUCUUUCAUGUUUCCUUUUGACAUGGGAAGAUCACCCUAUUACUUCCAACGAAACAACAUCGAAUCGCAGAUCACUUUUGAGUGGUUCAAAUUAGUGGUGAUAAGCAUGGACCGAUCGUGGGUGACGCAAUGGAACCAAUCAGAAGCGGGGAUGGCCCGCAUCCCAGUUAACAUACGAGAUCACCCGGAACUUCUGCGAAUCAUCCGAUCACGUCAUGACGUGACCAACGAACACACAAGAGGCUUGGAAAAGUGA